GGUUAAGCAUCACGAAUUUGUUCAUUUGGAGUCGUUUCAUGUGACUCGUACGUGCAUUCUCGUCAUAACAAAGACAACACGGGCCGAAUAGUGUUUUAAACUGCAGUAUUAAUCAUCAAAAUCAUUGAAAUACGAGAGUAAAUUGUUUUGAGUCGUAUUGAGUGAGAGGGACACAGCGAAUGAACAAAUGGAAUGAAUGAAUUGUCGGAGAGUACCAUUUCACAACAUAUCACAGCAUAUCUCGAGCAGUUGUGCAACAAAAUCGAUUGUUCAACGACAACAAUUGUUGUUUGUGCUUGAAUUGAUGGUCUGAGGUGAGACAAACGACUUAGUUGAUGAUAAUUACGACACUGUUGCACUUGAUGCUCACAAUUGUCGUCGUUCCAGUGGUCGAGGGGUGCGAACUGGCAUGAAACAUGAAACCAAAGAAUUCACAUCGUUAUCUGUAGACGCGAACGUCAAGUGUUCCCCCUGCAAAAAAUCCGACCUCCCAACGAUGCCCAGUUGAUCAUAAAAAUGGACAAAGAGAACUUGGAGAGAUGUCGUCGCGUGUCGGUGGUGCUGACCCCCCUGAAGAGCUCCGAGAUAAACCGAUGGAGAAACCAAAGAAAAUCGAUUAAAAAGCGUAGGCCUCGGCGAAAGGGGGCCUUCGGGAAGCCGAAGAAGUCUCAAGCUCGAAAGUUAUCAGUAUCAUCCUCGAACGUCGACGAAAAUGGCGCCAGAUUGAUUGAUUCUGACGUGCAAACCCCAGUGGAUGGGCUCUCCGAUGGCCUCCCAGAGAGCAGAGCAGACGACACGAGGGAGUUGAGCCUCCCCCUGGAGAACGACGAGCCCUUUCCCCUCUGGAAGUACAAGAGAAAACGAAGAAGUGUCUCAUCAGACUCUGGUGAGGAGAAGCCAACGUCCAAGCGACUGACAGCCACCUCAGCAGACGUGGCUGUCCCCUCCAAGGAGCUGACGAUAAACCUCCCAAGACUGAGGGUUGCCACCCCAUCCCGAGGUGUUUUGCUCGACGACGAGAGUGAAAUCGACGCCGAGAGCCUCGAGGAUGUAGCCAGCCUGAUAAUGGAUAGCUGUGAGGAUAGUUGUGACAGAAGCCAAAGUGUCGAGGGUCUCCCCCUGGCGCAGGAAUCCCAGGAAUCCGACGACGAGGUGGACGAUGUCGAGGAGACAAUCAGCUCCAGUCCAGAGCCCGAGAGUUUAAACACGAAUGGUGCGCCCUCAGACGAGGAGAACGAGUCCGACAACGACGAGGAGCUGAUGGACCUCUGUCUCAUGAAGGAGCCCACAGUCCUAGUGACCAAACUGGAGGACGUGAUGGAGGCACUGGAAAAUAACCAUUAUUUUCCAGAUCGCAAACACCUGACUGAGAGGCACGUGGAGAUCAUCAGGGGGUUCAGGGGUCUGGAGGACUCGGAGGACUCCUACUGUCUCGUCAUGUCACCUGACACUGACAAGUCACACUCCAGUGACAGCAGUGACGAUGACGAUCUACUGGGCACCUGUAAUUUCCCUGGGCGGAUGAGGAACAGGAGGAGAAUCUCGAGUGAUGUGAGUUCCUGCUCUGAAGUGGACCCCCUGAGGAGCCACGAGGAUCUGGGGGCUGGCAACGAGGCAGAAUCUCCAGAUGAUGCCUCCAAGGUGGAGGGCCCUCCCUCGGAGGCCCCAGCAGUCACCGAGGAGGACGACUCCUCCAACUCCCCAGAGACACUCCUGUCGAAUCCCCUGUCCUGCGAGGAGUGCAAGGAGACGUUCGACACUGUGGGUGGAGUGCUGAAGCACACGUGUGAGCCGACGUCAUCGAAGAAGGUCAAGUCCAAGAGCAAAGGGAUGAAGAUGAAGAAGCACAGCAGGCUGGCGCCAAAGUCAACGAGUCUGGAGUGCACCCUGUGCUCGCAGACACUGGAGAAUCACGAGCUGCUGCAGAGGCACCUGUGGAGUCACACCCAGAGGGAGCACGAGGAGGCCUUCAAAGCAGCAAAACGCCAGUCUCGCAGCAAGGAGCCUCGACCGGACGUGGAGAUCCUGAGCUCCCACGAAUCAGACCCUGAGGACAGGUCAGACACCGAGGCAGAGGCUGCUGAGCCAAAUCAGCCAGGCAUUGCCAUAAUGAACGAGAAGUCCUCGAAGGGGAAGAGCAGUCAGAAGACAUCAGUGCCAGUGGCCAUAUGCCCCUGCCACGUGGACGAUCUACAACCCACAGACCUCACAGUGCAGAUCGAAAUGGUCCUCUUCUGCGAGAUCUGCAAGGUUUUAUUCAGGAGGAGUGAGUGCUUCGAGACCCACUACAGGUCGAACGCUCUCUGCAACAAGGACAGGAGGAAGGGGCGCUCCCCUCGGCUCUUUUGCAGCACCUGCAGAGUGGUCCUGAGUAACCUGUCAGACAUGAGAAAACACCUGGAGAAACACGUCAGCAUAAAUCGCCAUGGUACCGUCACCUUCGUCUGCAACAUCUGCCGAGUCGUGUUCUUCGGUGUGGGAACUGUCUUCUGCACCCACUGGUUCAACCACGAGAAGGACCCCAUGUUCGUGGCGAGCAGGUACUCAUUCCCAAAAUUAUGUGUCUCCAAUCGAGGGAAAAAUCCCAUUGGAAAGCAGCCGGGAGAGCAGUAUUUCUUCGUUGCUGAGUACGUCUGCAGAUCCUGCAAGCAGCAGUUCUCGUCGGACGGUGAUUUGCUGAAUCACAUGAGGGAGUGCAGGGGCGAGGAGUCGAAGCAGCAGCCGAGUCUCCCCAAGGAGGCCCCCAAGAGCCCCCCAGCCCCUCCCCCAGCCCCAGAGCCCCCGAAGAAGCCAGUCGAGGGGAUAAAAUUCAACGUCAUCACCAAAUCCCAGAUGACAGUUGCUGCACCACCUCGAGUCCCUCGACCUCGAGGCAGGCCCCCCCUGCUGCGACCCCCUCCCCCUCGACCUGCCCCUCGAUCAGCUUCCCCCAGGUGACCUGUCCUACCUCAGAGCCCUGCGCCCCCAAAAGUCGUGCAGCUUCAGAAGCUCCAGCAAGUCCUCCCCAAAGCCCCUGAAGUCCAAGACACCUCAUCGUUCUACGUGAAAACCUGGAUAUGUGAUAUUUGCGAGAAGGUAUACCCAACGAGGCAGUCCCUCGUCCAGGAGCACGCCUUCACCCACUUCGACGCCACCCUCGCCCUGGAGAAGUUCAACAGAUCGGUGGAGAGACCCUACGCCUGCACGAUAUGUCGAAAGGCCUAUGGCUCCCUCGAGGGCCUCAACAAGCACUGGCUCAAGCACGAAUUGAUGAAGUACUGGUGUUCAGCCUGCAAGGACACCUACUACACCCUCUCAGCGUACAUAAGGCACGUCGUGGUGCUCUGCAGAAAGGAGAAUCCCUCCUGCAGGGUGUCCUUCGGAACGAAGGAGAUCUGCAAACUCUGUAAUCUGGCCUUCAAGAACUCUGAAGAUCUCUCUAGACACAAUGUGGACUACCACGCUGCUGGGAGAAUAGUGGGGACUCGAGGGGGCCUCAAGCCAGUCCCCCAGGUGGUGGUGACCAAGGCCCCAGUGACCCAGACCCCCCAGCCAUCAUCCCCAGCGAAAAAUUUAACGCCGAUAACCCGUCAGUUUUCGCCAAUCGCCGCGAAGACAACACUGCCAUCCUCAGCUGUGAUCCUCUCGCCCUCUCGCAGUGCCCAGUCCUCGGGGCUCGUUCUCUGUGUUCAGCCCCAGAAUAACAACGAGGGGGGAACGAGCCAGCAGGUGAAUGGGCCUGUGGUCAUCAACAUUGCCAUUCCGAAUGUCGUUCAGAGCUCUGAGCAGACCUCUUCGCCACCGAAGGUGAGGGCCCUGGAGGACCCGACUGUUCAGGUGGUGCUCACCCAGGCGAAUCCCUCGGAGUCGACCCUCUCGGCGUCUCUCGUCACCAAUCUGUCACCGGUGAAGACUAUGGAGACCACCAGGGGCCAGAACUCGUCGACAUUCGCACUUACUGUGAGGGACACCACCGCCACUGGGGGCUCUGUCACUGAGAGGGAUUCCCUGGUGCGGGAGGAGGGGAUUUCGAAUGAGGGCAUCGCUUCUCUUCUGCAGAAUCGAUCAGCUGGUGAAAAUAGUACUGGCGAAAAUGAGGAAAUCACAGGUGAUCGUCAGGUUUCUGGCCCCAGAACUGGUGAGAGCAAUCUCGAGGUCGAGGACAUGCCGGAGAACAGCACAACGAGCAACAGUGAUGACGUCCAGAUUCUCCAGGUGAUGGAGAGUCCUCAGAAGUCCUCUCCAGAGAAGGAAACCUCUGUUCUGAAGGCUGGGCUGACAGCUUCAGCUGCGGACAGUGACAUUGAGAUUCUCUCAGAGACAUCAGCGCAUGAUGAGGGUGAGAAAGCUCGUGAUGGUGAGGGAGAUAAAUCGAAGAAAGCCAAUCGAGACGAGUCCUCUGAGAGCAGUGGGUCAGUGACUGUAGUUAAGAAACCCCUGUCGAAGCCCCAGGGAUUUUUACGUGUGAAGAAUUUGUCUGAGCUGCAAGACGAGAAUAAAAAUGGUCAGGAGUCUCGGGGGAACAGUAAGACAGGUAACACGUUGACUGAGCACUUGAUGGCCAACUUGAAGUCAGCGAGGAGUCCCUCGAAGCAGCAGAGCACCUCAAAUGGAGUUGAUUCUGGGGAUGGGGAGGCUGAGGGGAGUGCCCCUCACGUGCCAGGGAGGAGAAUUCUCCCGAAUAUUCCUCAGAGGGCCCAGGGAACCGAGGCAAGGAGAGCGACACCUCUGUCGACGAGACAGGAGGCAUCCAGUGGUGCAAAACCCAUGAACAGGGUCACACCAAUUCCAACGUCAAACUCGGGAAUGGCUAAUGCCCAUUACAGUAGACCAAUGAAUUCACAGUUGUAUGGGGCCCUGAGUGUCGAUGAGAGACUCCAGAGUUCAGUGAAUCAAGGAGGAAAUACACAGAACACAUACGUAUGUCCAAUUUGUCCACAAAACUAUUAUAACACUCUCUAUGACUUCCUCACUCAUUUAGCACAGCAUCAAAAUUUACCACUUGAUGUGCAAACAGUUGUGUACAGUUUGAUUAAUGAGAAAUUCCCAUGUCAGAUGCAGGGCCAGGGCCAACUGCAGGGUCAGAACAAGUACAAGUGUCUGGUGUGCUCGACAUUCGAGACUGAUUCGCCUGGGGAAUUCCAGAAGCAUUUUGCCACACACUCGCAGCAGAUGCUGAGCUCUGCUAUUCAGAAUUACAAUAUUGCGUAUAGCCAGCAGUUGGGGAGUGCUGUGAACUCGAUGUAUGGGUAUCAGUACCAGAGCCAGGUUGUGCCUUCGUCGACUGCUGGAGUUACACUCACACCGGAGCUCUACAGGUGCAGUUUGUGCUUGAACUAUCAGUUCUCGACUUAUCAGGAUCUUGAGGCACACGUUCAGGCGAUGCAUGGAAGUAUCAUUAAUGUUACUGAUCGAUUGGUCUGCGCUCUCUGCCCCAAUCUCACGGUUUUUGAGAAUGAACAGAUGCUCAAGGAGCAUCAGGAGGCGCAGCACACGUUCCUCUGCACCAUCUGCAUGCAGAAGUUUGGAAAUUCGUACGAGCUCGAUGCACACUGCAAUCUUCAUAAGAGUGGACAGAUUGGGGGUCAGUAUGGGAGUGGCAGUGGAUAAGAGGUAUUUUUUUUUUUUUGAGGAUUCAGCAUUCUUGAGCACAGCUGUGUGAUUUUGACAUGACUUUUUCGCUUUAUUCAUAAGGUUUUUCUCUUUUUCAUUACGUUUAUUUUUUUAGUCAUCUCGAAGUGUUUAAGGUGAUCUAGAAUUUUUUGUGAACUACUUAUUAUUUAUGGAGGGGAGGUGUGAGUCAGUGAGCUUAGCUGAGAGAUCUUGUGGAUCUGGGAGGGAAAGAAGCAAAAUGUGACUCAAUACAUUGUAUGGUUUUAGUCAAAACGAAACUCAGAAUGUUGAAGGGAAUUCUCGAUUUAGUAAAGGGUCUCUUAUCUUCCAACUGAGGUCAUUUCAACUACAGUUGAAUAAAAUCUUUGUAUAAUGCCAUAGAACGAUAUGUGUCUCCAAAACACGUCUUCAAGUAAUGUAAUUUGUUCUUUUUUAAUACCAAGAGAAAAUAAAGAGAGUUAAAUUGAAGAAUGGUCUUUUAUUUGAUUUUCUUGAUGUCUACCUUCGAAUAUAAUUAUUAGUCAAUAGUGGAUGAGCAUCAUUUCUUGACUUGAAUCCUUCAUGCUUGAGCACAGCUGUGUGAUUUUGACAUGACUUUUUCG